GUUUCCUCGUGGUAUUACGGUACCUGAGCCAUGAAAAUAAUGCCACAAAGAAGUGAAGCCUCGAGUUGUUGACAGUGGACAGAUUCGUAGUGAGCACCAACGGGCCAGAAGCUCGAAGAAACCGGCAUUUUCUUUGUAUUUAGAUGUAUUAUUCGUGAUAGUUAUGACGGAAAUGUUUUCAACUAUGUUUGGACAAAAUGAAACUCAGGGACCGCCCGGCUCGUCGUCUCUUGGUUUCGGACCGGGGAAACCUCCGCCGCCUCUGCCGCAGAAUCAGUCCUCCAUGGGGGGACAGCUGCCACCACAGCUCGGGGAUGAGGGGCCUGCUCUACGGAAGCCCGCAGCCAUGAAUGAACCCUUUUACUUACUGCGGGAGCUUCCUGUGGGAAACGAGUUAACGGGGAACACCAACCUCAUCACGCAUUACAACCUGGAGCACGCCUACAACAAAUUCUGUGGGAAAAAGGUGAAGGAGAAGCUCAGCAACUUUCUGCCAGAGUUACCAGGUAUGAUUGACUGUCCAGGCACUCAGGACGGCAGCUCGUUGCGCUCGCUGAUCGAUAAGCCUCCAGUGUGUGGGAACUCUUUCAGCCCUCUGACUGGUGCUCUGCUCACAGGCUUCAGACUACACACAGGACCGCUCCCAGAACAGUACAGACUGAUGCACAUACAGCCUCCAAAGAAGAAGAGCAAACACAAGCACAAACACCACCGACCACAGGAUCCAUUACCACAAGAAACUCCAUCAGACUCUGAUCCCAAGAAGAAGAAGAAAAAGAGAGACGAUGAUCCUGACCGCAAGAAAAAAAAGAAAGACAAGAAAAAGAAGAAGAACCGUCACAGUCCCGACCACCCCGGCCUCGCUGGAUCACAACCCAACAGCAACAGCCUCAGAUAGACAGGAGCCCACUGUGUGUACACCUGUGUUUGAAUGUGCGUGUGUCUGUGCAUUUUGUAAGAGGAUGUGUGUUUUCCAGAUAAUUGUAUUACUGGCAGUAUGUUUUAAUAGGAGAGGGGUUAAAAUACCUGAUGCAAAAGGAUAUAUGAUUUGUGUGAGAGUGACAGAGGCAGUGACUCAGUGGAUGUGUGAUAUCAGAAAUGUUACAGAACAGUGUAAAAGGCAGAAAGCUGCUGUUGAGCUGCGUGGUGUUAUGAACGACUACAAGCAGACACUGUAUGUAAGUCCCUCUUUGAAUCUGUUGUAAUAUCUUUUGACCAUAAUGCCAAAAUUAAAUAAACUUUGGUUAUUAUCUUUG